UUUGCGGCACACGGCGACCCGUACUGACGUCAGCGGACGGAUAUCUGUCACAGUGGCAAGAUGGCUGCGGAACCAAAUAAGACUGAAAUCCUCACAAUCUUCAAGAGACUCAGAUCGGUUCCGACCAACAAGGUAUGUUUCGACUGUGCAGCCAAAAACCCGAGCUGGGCGAGUAUCUCGUAUGGUGUGUUCCUGUGCAUCGACUGCUCCGGCAUCCAUCGCUCCCUGGGAGUUCAUCUCAGCUUCAUCAGGUCCACUGAGUUAGACUCCAACUGGAACUGGUUUCAGCUUAGAUGUAUGCAGGUUGGAGGAAAUGCCAAUGCGACGGCGUUCUUCCGCCAGCAUGGCUGCUCCACAAACGACACCAACGCCAAGUAUAAUAGCCGUGCAGCCCAGAUGUACAGAGAGAAGAUCCGGCAGCAGGCAAACGCUGCAUUGUCUAAAUAUGGCACAGAUCUCUGGAUCGACUCCUCUACAGGAAGCACUCCUGCUGCUCCUGAGAAGAAGGAGGCAGACUUUUUUGCAGAACUUACACAGCCUGCUAACGACUGGAACAUGGCGCCGCUGUCCGAGCCCCAGCUGAACGGAGCCGCUGUCACCCCACAGCUGAUGGACACGACGGCUAAAAUCCAGGAUGACAACCAGCCAGAGGACGGUCCCAGCAUCGACGGCCUGAGCACCUCACCCAAAGCCUCCAUCGAGGAAUCCAUGCGUCUGUCGUCACAGGAAGGAUGGACAUCCCAAGAUGUGAAGCCUUCCAUCAUUGGAAAGAAGAAGCCCAUGGCGGCCAAAAAAGGGCUCGGUGCAAAGAAAGGUCUCGGUGCCCAGAAGGUGAGCAGCAAGAGUUUCUCGGAGGUGGAGAAGCAGGCGCAAGUGGCCGAGAAGCUGAGAGAGGAGCAGGCCGCUGAGGCCAAGAAACAAGCUGAGGAGUCCAUUGUGGCCUCGAUGCGUUUGGCUUACAAAGAGCUGGAGAUCGACAGGAAGGUGGAGGAGAAGAAGCUUCAGAACCUGGAAGGCAAGAAGAGAGAGCAGGCCGAGAGACUGGGCAUGGGCUUCGGCUCCAGGAGCGCUGUGUCUCACUCAGUGAUGUCAGAGAUGCAGGUGAUUGAGCAGGAAACUCCUGUCGGAGCCAAGUCCUCCUCUCGCUCCAAACUGGACAUGUUUGAUGAGCCUGGUUUCACCUCCGGACCCCCAAAGUAUAAGGACAACCCGUUUACAGUGGGAGACAGUUUUGGAUCCCGGUGGGAUACUGAGGGAGGGACCGCCUCCUUUACCACCUCCUGGGCUCUGGAGAAAGAGGACCCCAAAGAGGAGGUCACCAUCUCUAGUAUUCAGCCAAUCGGAGAGAGACUUCCCAGCAGAAGAAAAGCCGAGGUUUCGGCUCCAGUGUCAGAGUCAAGCGAGGCCAGACAGAAGUUUGCAAAUGCGAAGGCGAUCUCUUCGGACAUGUUCUUCGGCCGGGAGAGCAGCGCAGAGUAUGAUGCAAAGACAAGACUAGAGAACAUGUCUGGAAGCACCUCCAUCAGUUCAGCUGACCUGUUUGGGGAUGACAGUGACCAGAAAGGACGGGCAUCAGGCUUCGACGGGGUGCUCCCCUCCGGCCCGGACAUCGCACAGUUCAAACAAGGAGUGAAGACUGUAGCGGGGAAGAUGGCUGUCCUCGCCAACGGCGUGAUGAAUACAAUCCAGGAUCGCUACGGCGCCUACUGAUCAGCCCCGAGAGCGGAGCACCAACCUGUGGGAAGACAUACUAACUAACGCCUGUGUAGAGCCAACCAGCCUCCUCACUGACACAAGCAUUUGGGCGGAGUAGACGGGAACGGGAGAGAGAGACGGGGAGCGGGAAGGAUUGCAUGGGGAAAAGAGAAUUCUCACCUGUCCUCUUCUACAGACAAUUUUACAGGAGUGAGACAGUAUUUUCUUCUCUCAUUCUCAUUUGCAGACUCUUAGGAAACCAUCACAGGGUGUAAUCUUUUUAAAACUAAGAGUUACGUUGUAAUUUACUGUCGAGAAUCUUUUUUUUUUUGGUCUUAGUUUUCAAAAUUACGUCGGAGUUAAUUCUACUAUAUUUUAUUCCUUAUACAUAAAUCAAAGUGUUUUUGAUUCAUAUUAUCAAAUACUUUAUGCUUAAGUCUUUUUUUUUUUUGUUUUGUUUUUAUUGUGAUAUUAAAAAAGGUGCAGUAUAUAUUUUCAAUUUUCAGAGUUAAUUCGAACAAGAAUCCACCGUGUUUUUGCGUUUAGUGUUCGAUUCACUGCUGUUCACUUUGAGUUUGUCCACAGGUUGUUUUUUAUUCAUUCACAUAAAGCACUGACAGCCAACUGUCUUCACAGUUUCAGACGGUUUGUGAGUUUGGAAUGAAGCGUUUCUGUCUGGGUUUAUAUUCUGAAACACUGGAGCAUCAGACAUUUGAUCUCCUAGCUGCUAUGGUUAUUUAUUAUAUAUCUUUUUUUUAAAUAAUUAAAGUUACAUAACAUUUAGGAGGAUCUAUAGUCAGAAAUGUAAGAUAUUAUUCAUACAUGUGUUUUUAUUGGUGUAUAAUCAGCUGAAAGUCAGAGUCAUUGCGUCUUUGUUGCUUUAGAAUGAGCUGCGUUUAAUCUACAGUUGCAAUCUGCAGCUUCACCACUAGAUGCCACUAAAUCCCACACACUGGAGCUUUUUAAAAGACCUUUGAAGGACCAGUGUGAAGCUGCAGAUCGGACCCAUUUGAAUACAGCUUAAUAAUUAACAGCAUGUAGGAGAAACUACGGUUUGUCCUGGCGCUUCUUUAGAUAAAACCAACUCAUUCUAAAGUAACGAAAACACAAUUCUUAUAUUCAGGUGAUUAUACACUAAAGAAAACAAACCUAUGAAUAUUAUUAUAUUCCAUCUCUGUCAGACCCUCCUCAGUGUUAGACACUGGACCUGUGAAUCCAGGGAGCGCCGCAGAGAGAAAUACCUCCAACUUGGUCGCAGUGCACAGGAAUUGGGAGAUUUUAAAUUGAGCAUUAAACCCAAACAGUAAAUAAAAGACACAUCGGAUGAACAUGAAGUGUCAUUUAAAGUAGAAUAAGUCUGGAUACAGACGUCAGACAGAACAUGCUUAGCCCCAGCUCACAAACAAUGAUACUGUUUUGACUAUGCAUCUCCAUUUUACAACCUUUAAAGAAGAAGAUUCACUUUGAGUGUCGCUGGUUGAAUCUGAAGUCUGCCUCGAUACCUGGUACCUCAGCUCUCAAAGAAACGAGGCGUUUUAACAUUGCGCUGCCUUUAGUUCACUUAACAGUUUAUGACCUUUUAUUUUGAAGGCUGACGUCUUCAGUUUACAUUUUAAUCUGUUCAGUUUGAGCCAAUGAAAAAUAUUCCUGACAUUCGAGGUGUAAACUGAAUCAUGAUGGUUGUGCCUAUGACUGAUAAUGAGGAGGAGCCCUUUAAAUAUAUCUCUGGUUAGCUGACAAAUUAAAUUCCAGGACCAGGUAGCAUGCAAGCGAAUACAACCAAACCUGUCUAGUGUGAACCUCUGUGAUCCAGACAAACCGACAGUACCCUCACCUCCCUGUUCCCAGCAGACUUUACAUUCAACGAGUUAUUGAGCGGUAGAUGAGGUGGAAUCCGGUUUGUAAUUUUCUUUGAUAGAUCAGAGUGUCAUUUUUCCUAGCGUGGCCAUGCCCGUGUGUGUCCCACCCUCCAGAAACUCUCCAACAAGUAACAACCACGUGGACCCAAAGGAUGAAACAUUCAACUAUUUAUUUGUAGGCUACAAAAAAGAAACUUAUUCAGUAUGUUAAUAAAGAUUGAAAACCUCA